GUUUGAAUCCUCCCCAGUUCAAUAAAGUUGAAUCCUUUAAAGAGUUGGGAGCUUCAUUCAUCUGGGUUUUGGUUUGGCAAUGGCGAGUUAUGGAGAUUCGAGCCAGAAGAUAGAUUAUGUGUUCAAGAUUGUGCUGAUUGGUGACUCGGCGGUGGGCAAGUCUCAGAUACUGGCAAGGUUUGCAAGGAACGAGUUCAGCUUGGAUUCGAAGGCCACUAUUGGAGUUGAGUUUCAGACCCGGACUCUGGUUAUUGAGCACAAGAGUGUUAAAGCUCAGAUCUGGGACACUGCUGGUCAAGAAAGAUAUAGAGCAGUCACAAGUGCAUACUACAGGGGUGCUGUGGGGGCAAUGCUUGUAUAUGACAUAACCAAACGCCAGACCUUUGAUCACAUUCCUCGUUGGCUAGAAGAGCUCCGCAGCCAUGCCGACAAGAAUAUUGUCAUCAUUCUGGUAGGCAACAAAAGUGAUCUGGAGAACCAGCGUGCAGUUCCCACUGAAGAUGCCAAAGAAUUCGCUCAAAAGGAAGGACUGUUUUUCCUGGAGACCUCAGCACUGGAAUCCACUAAUGUUGAGACUGCUUUCUCAACUGUGUUGACAGAGAUAUUCAACAUUGUUAACAAGAAGCACCUGGCUGCUAGUGAAAACCAAGGCAAUGGAAAUCCGGCAUCUCUGGCAGGUAAGAAGAUCCUCGUCCCAGGCCCAGCUCAAGUGAUCCCAGCUAAGAGCAAAUGCUGUACAUCAUUGUGAUUCUAUUAACAGUCAAACUCUGAACAUGGGAUGCUUUCUUUAUAAUUCUUAAUACGAGCAAAUUUUGAGGGGUGUGGUACAAUUUCUUUGUAUAUUGUGUGCCUUGCUAGUUUAGUUUGCAUGAUUGCUUGUUUGAUAUGGAAGAAAACUAAAAUUUUAGUUGGUUUGUGUUUGCCUGUCA